GACGGUCCCUUUUUCGGUUUUGUUUUUGUCUCGCAAAUGAUUUGCAGUUUUGUCUUUUAAAUUGGUUUGAUUUGGUUAAUUGUUUUGAAUUGUGUUUUAUUGUUCUAAUUGGAAUUCGAAUUUAAAUUUGGCAUCAUGGUCUUGGAAAGUACGAUUCUAUGUAUUGACAGUAGUGAAUAUAUGAGGAAUGGAGAUUUCGUUCCAUCUAGAUUACAGGCUCAACAAGAAGCUGUUCAAUUGAUAUGUCACUCAAAGACGCGAUCUAAUCCAGAAAAUAAUGUUGGUCUUAUUACUAUGGCUCCAUCACCUCAAGUAUUGACUACUCUAACUGCUGAUGUCAAUCGGAUUCUUGCUAAACUUCAUCAAGUUCAACCCGCUGGGGACUUAAAUUUAGUUACUGGUAUCAGAGUUGCUCACUUAGCUUUGAAGCAUCGACUUGGUAAAAAUCACAAGAUGAGAAUUGUAGCUUUUGUUGGCUCCCCUGUUGCUGUAGAUGAGAAAGAAUUAAUUAAACUGGCGAAAAGAUUAAAGAAAGAGAAAGUAAAUGUUGAUCUAAUCAAUUUUGGUGAAGAAGGGAAAAACACUGAAAAACUAACUGCUUUUAUCAAUACUCUCAACGGCAAAGAUGGAACUGGGUCUCAUCUUGUCACUGUCCCUCCUGGUCCUCAUCUUAGUGAUGCAUUGAUAAGCUCUCCUGUAAUCCAAGGCGAGGAUGGAACUGGUGCUGUAGGCUUAGGUGGUUCAGGCUUCGAGUUUGGUAUUGAUCCUAACGAAGAUCCUGAAUUGGCUCUUGCUCUUAGAGUAUCAAUGGAAGAGCAAAGACAACGUCAAGAAGAAGAGGCUAGACGAGUUGCCGCAGUUUCUGCUCAAUCGGGAGAAACCAGCGGUGAAAAGCCCAAGGAUGAAUCUUCAGCUACUGUUGCGAGUAGUUCAAGUGCCAAUACAGAAGAAGCGCUUCUCGAAAAAGCAUUGGCAAUGUCAUUAGAAAGCGAACAGCAAAAUACUAACAAGGAUCAAACGAUGGCUUCGAGUUCCACUCCAAUGCCCAAUUUCGCCGCAAUGACCGAAGAAGAGCAAAUAGCUUAUGCUAUGCAAAUGUCGUUACAACAAGCGCACGGUGGAAGCAAAUCUGAGACAAAAGAAUCAAAGGAACCCGAACCCAUGGAAACAGAUCAACCCGAUGAAAAGCAAGAAGGAAAAAAAUAAUUUGAUAAUAAAUUAUCUUUAGUAUCUUUAAUAACUUUCCAUAAUUCUGAUUGUAUAAAUCACAAGGAUAAUAAAUCCAUUUGGCUUCUAUGGCAAUUUAAUUGAUUUUA